AUGACAAUUAGAUAUUCUAAAAUCACGCCUGAAGGUGUGAAUGAGAAUAAUCAAAACUUAGAACCUGAACCUGAAUGGCCUAGUCGUGGGGAAAUUUGCUUUGAAAAUGUGGAAGCACGUUAUAGACCUGAGUUAGACUUGGUUUUGAAGGGUGUAAGCUUUACAGCCAAAGCUGGUGAGAAAGUCGGUAUUUGUGGUAGAACGGGUGCAGGGAAAUUGACUAUCACUCUAUCACUCUUUAGGUUGAUCGAUCUCUCUAGUGGACGGAUUACGAUUGAUGGGGUCAAUAUUAGUACGCUUAGUUUAAGUGGACUAAGGAGUCGAAUUGGCGAGAGUGGAGUAGCAAAAGUGGUGGUGAUGGAUGAGGCUACUAGCGCAGUUGAUGGACAUACUGAUGGGGAGGUUCAGGAAGUGAUCAGAGAGUGUUUUGGAAAGAGUACAUUGGUGGUGAUUUCACAUCAAAUCAAUAUGAUUAUGGAUUGCAAUCGAGUGAUUGUUUUAGGUAAUAGAAAAGUUAGUGAGAAUGGAUCACCUACUGAAGUAUUAAAAGAUUGA